AUGGCCCGUACCAAGCAAACCGCCCGCAAGUCCACCGGUGGAAAGGCUCCCCGCAAGCAGCUCGCUGCCAAGGCUGCUCGCAAGUCGGCUCCCACCGCCGCCACUGGUGGUGUCAAGAAGCCUCACCGUUACCGCCCCGGUACCGUCGCUCUCCGUGAGAUUCGUCGUUACCAGAAGUCCACCGAGCUUCUGAUCCGCAAGCUCCCCUUCCAGCGUCUCGUUCGUGAGAUUGCCCAGGACUUCAAGACCGACCUCCGUUUCCAGUCUUCGGCUAUUGGUGCCCUUCAGGAGGCCGCCGAGGCCUACCUGGUCUCGCUCUUCGAGGACACCAACCUGGCUGCUAUCCACGCCAAGCGUGUCACCAUCCAGCCCAAGGACCUCCAGCUUGCCCGCCGUCUCCGUGGUGAGCGCUCUUAA